AGCAUGACUUGAACAAAUUGAACUACCUUCUAAAAUAGUUAAUUAAUUAACAACCUUAAAAAUAUUUACAAAAAAAUCCUUUCGAUUGAAUUGGAUUGACAAGACAUUCAAGAGAAAUGGCAAUUCUUAAAGAACUAACAGUCAACUCGUUAAUUCAGUUGAUAGACUGAUUUGCCAAUGACUAGUCUUGGUACUAAACAAUACAAAAGAUGAAAUGAGAAAGCUUAAUCUUUUGUUCCAUGUUAAUUGUGAUUGGAAACCGAAACCGUUGAACAAAAUUAUCUUCAAGGGCAGUAAUCUUUAAAUAUAAUAAUAUCCAUCGAUUGAAAUUGAAGUUGAUCAACAGUUUGAUCAUUUUUUGCUGAAUCAUAUAAAAUGUAGUUAGUGAUGCAACAAACCAACUAUUAAUUGAUCCACAACUGGGUGGAAAUAUGAAGUAGAGCCAAGUUAAAAUUUCAAUUCCAAAACAUUGGGUGACAAUGAAAUCGCCUAACCAAUAGUUGGUGGAAAACUAGAAAAAUUACUCCAAACGUUUGAAAACGCAUUGUUUCAGUGGUCCAUUGUUAAUCCAUCCAAGUUUCUAUAUUUAGAUUAAUCAUGGUUAAUCCAUCAAGUGAUAAUCGAUGGUCAGAGAUGAUGGCCAAAAUGAAUGAGAAACCAUUGAUUCCAGUUCGUUUAAUUGUCGCUUUUUUAUCCGUUUGUUCAACCAUAUUUGCAGCUGCUUCAAUUGCCAAUCUCAGUUUGAUUUUAGAUCCAAUCUAUCGAGAUCCAAAUACAACAUCCUCUAAACAACAUACUCAACUUGAGCCAAAAGAUCCUUGGGAAUAUUAUUACUAUUAUUGGAGUGAAAGUCAGCGAUUCGCAAUUGUGACUGCAUAUUAUUAUGGUUAUUUAGCAGUAAAUAUAAUCACUGGUCGAUCUUGUGAACGUUUCAAUGUGGCUUAUCUAACAAUUGCUGCCCAUUUGAUAUCAACUUGCUGCACUUUAUUAACACCAGUAUCCAUUCAUGGCGGAGUUGCUGUCAUCUUUAUAAUCCGAUUUAUCCAAGGAGUAUCUCAUGGGCCGAUAUUGACCGGAAUUUAUGUUCUCAUCACUCGCUGGUUUCCUAAAUCGGAGCUUGGUUUAGUUUUAAGUUUCAUCUUUGCUGGUUCAAGCUUUGGCCAAUUGAUUACAAUUCCUCUAUCCGCCUAUCUUUGUCAUCCAAUCAACCAUUUAUCACAAUCGCGAGAUUGGCCGAGUAUUUGGUACACUAUUGGUGGAUUAAAUUGUGUUUUCACCUUUUUCUGGUGGUUUCUGGUAACACCUGAUCCAGCAAGUCAUCGGUGGAUUUCGGAAUAUGAAUUACGACUCAUCCAAAAAGAAUCCUGUUCCAACCAACGUCGAAGGAUAGUGAAAGUUGAAUGGUAUAAAUUAUGGACCAGCAAAAAAUUAUGGUCAAUAACGAUUGCUCAAGGAGCUUGGAGUUUUGGUUACAUUUUAAUUACAACCAGUUUACCAGCUUACCUCAUGUUUAUUUGGUCUUUUACAAAUCAAACUAAUCAGUGGAUAAUUUUUUACCUUCUUAUAGCCGUUUGUGUCUCUAUGAUUGUUUCAGGUCCAUUAGCAGAUUGGAUAAUAAUUAAGAAAAUUGUCCAUGUCUCGAUGACUCGAAGAAUUUUUGAAACUUGCACUUUAUUGAUACCAGCAGUUUGUUUCAUAACAAUAACAUUUCUUGGUCAUGAUAAAACGUCUAUCUUGAUAAUUUUAACCUUUUCAAUGUUGGCUAUGGGGUUAAGGACUGGAGGCGAUAUACCAUUGAUUUCAGAAAUGUCUCCUGAUUUAUCUGGAACAGUAUUUGGAAUGACAAAUACGGCAUCAGCUGCAAGUGGAAUCACGGUACCAAUCUUAGUUCAAUCUAUAUUGAGUUCUAAGGUAAAUGAUGCUUUUCAAUGGAACAUGAUAUUCAUAAUAACUGGGUGUAUUAUGAUACUUGGAUGGUUUUACUUUAUACUGUUUGCUUCAGCAACUCCACAGCCAUGGGGAAUAGCACCAAAUCGAUCCAAUUCAAUAGCAACUGUUGUUUCAAUAGAAAUGCCUGAAGUAUCUCGAUUCCGAUUAUGGUUUGAACGAAAGAAACAGCGAAUGUCUCAAGCAGCUUUAGUUUUUAAAUACUGAUUAAUAAACAUUCUCAAUUAUUAAACCAA